CAGGAGAAACUCAGAAAUACGCAGGGGCGACAAACAGACUUUCUACACGCAGCAUGGCUCGCGUAACACAUCGUUCAAUAUUUAUUAAGGCAUUUCCUUAAACAAAUUAUCAAUGCACCAAUUUUGAUUAUUUCAUGAAAAAGCAAUAGCUUCGAUUUGCUCUAAAAAGAAUUGAACCCUAAUAGAAUUUUUUUUUAAACAAAAAUAUUAAAUCUAGAAGAAAAUGUUAAAUAUUUUAGAAAUGGGCAGAAACUUGGAAAUCCGUUAAACCUAAAGAUUUUUGACGCAAAUAUGGAUUGGAAUUUUGGUUCCUUGUCACUCAACUCUGCGUAUCAGAUCAUCGAGAAAUCAAGGUUUCCCGGAACCUUCAUCUUGACGUCGGAUGACAAAAACCGGUUUAUCACGCUUCUUCUGACAACUGAUCCGGCACCGGAAGUGGUUCUAAUCGGGAUUUUCCAGGAAAAUAAUCAGUUUUCUUUGUUCCUGGGCUACGAUAGAGAAAAAAAACAGUUUAGUUCGUUGACUGCAUUGGUGAAUUAUUUUCAUUUUUGGCCAAUCUCUGGAAAUUGUUUACUCAGUUUUGGCCAGUGUAAUUCAAACAUCAUCAUUUUGUUCAGGAAAACAGUUGAGUUUAAAGCCAGGGUUGAGGAUAGAAUGGUCUUUAGUGUUGAGGCUAGAGAAGAGUUUAAAAUCUCAACGGUUCUCCAAAAUAUUGAAAUACUUAACGAACCCCCUGAACCGUUGACUACAGUGUUUCCGUUAAGCAAGUAUUCUCCACAAAUGGUAAAAAAUCAGGAGAGUUUUGAACCCCUGGAUAAUGUGAACGAACUACUGAAAGUUGAACUGAAAGAAGAGAUAGAUAAACUACUUCUAGGUUUCAUAGAUCCAGUAGAUGCAGAGGGGAGGAGUGAUAUUGAAUCAGCGGAGGAAGUAACCCAACUUCUGGAAAACUAUGCUAAAAUGAACUCAAAGAUAGCUGAAAAGGAGACAGUAUUCUCGCUUUAUGAACUGAUCUAUCUACACCCACAGGAUGAACAGUCUCAAACGAAGAAUCGAAAACAUUUUCAAGUUAAUUUGAUGACUCGAGAAGAUUUUCAGGAAUUUAGCCAAAAAGAAAAUUCAAUAAAAAUAGCUAAGCUCCAUAACUCAGCACUAUGUAAAGUACAUAAAAAUGUUUCAAAUUCACAGUUUUCCAGUUUUAGUCCACUUAAGGCCUGGAGGUUGGGAGUACAGAUGGUUAACAUGAACCUCAGACCAACUAGAUACCCAGAGAAUAUGGAACUACACAGGGCAAUGUUUAAAAGGAACGGGAACUGUGGAUAUGUUCCUAAAUCUGGGAACCUUCUUACGAAACUGGUAUCAAACUCAGUUCUGUUGAAAUGUACAAUCCUAGAGGGAAGCAAACUUUGGGGCCAAAAACAAUGGAAGGAUACAGUUCAUACAGUUAGUGUCUGUGCCUGGGUAGUUGCAGAAUCAGGAAGAGAAGGAAAAACAACGCCAGUGAUCGCUACCAGAGGAAAUGGAUUAAGACCAAUCUGGAACUUGAAAAUCCCUCCUAUUGUGAUAUCAAGGCCUGAACUAGGAUUUUUCGUACUAGAGGUUUCACAUAGCAGUGGGCAUAGUAAUAUGAAGGUUAUUGGGAAGUUUGUAGCUCCUGUUGUGUCUCUAAGAUCUGGUAUCAGAAGUGUAAACCUAGAAAAUCCAAGCUUCCAGCAUGAAAUACCCUUUGCCAGUAUCCUGGUGCACCUGGAGAUGCUCACUAAGAUGGAUAUCAAGGAGCAGUAUGAGCAGAUCAGGAACAAUCCAGCAGACGCUUCUACUUUCGAGGAUGGUAAUACCUGGGAGCAGUUUGCAAAGCAUAACCUUGAAGUUGAUGGUCUUUUUGAUCCAUUAUAAAUCAAUGAUCAUAAAAAAAUAAAUUACUUUUGUCCUCA